AUGUCUUUGCCGAGCUCAGCCGUGAAGUUCCGCAGGAUCUUGUCUCACUUCCCCCAAGAGCUCAGCCUAGCCUUCGCUUAUGGCUCUGGGGUCUUCCAACAAGCGGGGUCUUCUACAGCCAGAACGGAGAACAAUAUGCUGGAUUUUGUAUUUGCAGUUGAUGAUUCUACAACAUGGCAUACAAUGAACCUGUCAAAAAACCGGAGUCAUUAUUCCUGCCUAAAAUAUUUUGGAACCAAAUCAAUAUGCAACGUCCAAAACUAUGGAGCAGGGAUUUACUACAAUACAUUGGUGCCUUGUAAUGGUAGGAUUAUAAAAUACGGUGUCAUAAGUACUGAUGCUUUAAUUGAAGAUUUGCUGCGAUGGAAGACACUUUAUGUAGCUGGACGUCUGCAAAAGCCGGUGAAAAUUCUGGCUCAGAAUGAGAAUGUUAAGCUGCAAGAGGCUCUGAACAGUAAUUUGAAGAGUGCUGUCAUGGCAGCCUUUCUCAUGUUGCCUGAAAGUUUCUCUGAAGAAGAUCUUUAUAUGACGAUUGCUGGAUUGUCGUAUUGUGGCGAUUUCAGAAUGCUCAUUGGAGAAGAUAAAUCAAAGGUUAUGAACAUAGUGAAACCAAACAUGAUACAUUUUCAGAAGCUGUAUAGCCACAUUUUGCAAGAUAGCCCCCAAGUGAUAUACAAGCAUCAGCUGGGCAAGUUAGAGAUAGAUAAAAGUCCAGAAGGUCAGUUUGCACAACUGAUGGCUUUACCAAGCACCCUGCAGCAAAAAAUAACUUUUCUCAAGGAUUCUCCAGGGAAGAACAGAGAUGUGGAAGAAAUUUUAUUACAGGUCGCCCAUGACCCUGACUGUAGAUUUGUGGUACACCAAGGUAUUUCAAGAAUUGUGGGAUUGUCCAGCCUAAUUCAGAGUGCUAAAACUACCCUAACAGCUGGGAUGAAAAAGUCAUUGAUCUACAGCAUGAAGAAGAUGUACAAAAUGUCAAAGGGAUGGUUCAGAAAAUCAUGACAGCUAUGAAGUUAAAGUUUUGAAAAACCUGAUCUUCUCAUGACUAAAUGGUAUUCUAGUUUAUUUUUUGCAUCAUGUUGGAAGACAAAGCAUUUUGUUCAGUUUGGAGAAACUUUGAUGUAUUUAUUUUCAGACAACUUUUCAGAGAAGAUAACAGAUUAAGAUAAAAUCCGUUUUGUACCUGCUUCCUUGAAGACUGUUUGGAAUGAUUUUUCCCUAUGCUUAUUAGCAUUUUUCUAACUUUUCCACAGUCGACUUACUUUACAUGUGUUAUACAUGUAAUAUCUUCAAAGCAUCCCUGUUUCCAAGGUCUUAUAUUUUUGAGGUAUUUUUAAAAUCACAUUUGGGUUAAGAGUUCUAUUGUCCUUCUGUUUUUGCAUCAUUCAUUUUACCAAGAACUUAUAAUGAUUUUGUCCUAUAGUUUAAGAAACGCUGAAUAGCAAUGUGUUAAAUUAUUUUGCUUGUGUCACACUCACUGUGUAGAGCUACAUAUCAAGUAACUUUGAGAAAGGUCAGACAUGCGCUUUCCAGGCACAGUUGACAUCACAGCCAAAUAUUGGUGAAUAGGUCAUAUUUCAAAACAAGAUGAUCUGGUUAUUGUUGAGUUCCUGGGAUUAAUAAUAGGUGUAUAUAUAAUGCACGUAAUGAAAGUGUUCUGCUACCCUGCAAAUCACAAAAUGCUUAAAUGUCAGACUGUAUAAUCUUCAGGUAGCCCAACCAGGCUCAAUAAUACCUAACAUAAAAUCAGAGAAUAUUUUCCAUUGUGAUUUAGGUUGCUUUUCUUCCUUAACACCCAAAGCAAUGAACUUCAACUACUGGAUCACAAAAAGAAAGCUCCUAAAUUGUUUUUCUAAAAUAUAAGGCAUUGGACUAGGAGCAAGGAAUUAGUUUUUAUCCUGCCUUUAACACUUUCUCUCUUAACUCGAAGAAGGCAAGGGCAAAACACUUCUAAAAACAUGUUGCCAGGAAAAUCACAGAGACUAGUGCAUGUUAUUAUUAGGAGUCGAGACAAAGUCAAUGGUACAAAAGAGGGGAAAGAAGGACAUGUAAUUAUCAUUUUAUUAAAAGAGUGAUUUGAGUUAUGAAAUUGAUCCUCAAUACAUCUUCUCCUGAAGUGAGCAUAUUGUAAUGGUUUGGGGUGAAGGAAAUGUGGGGGAGUAUUUAUUAUCUUAUUCCUGCACCAUUCUCUCCUUGCUAGUGAAAGCUCUUUGCUUAGUACUGUUUUGUUUUUUUCACUGACCAGAGUUCCUCCUGUGAGAGAGAUACAAAAUGCGCAGAUACAAUAUAUGUGGAACCUUGCUCAAUAGUAGUAACUGUGAGAGGGAUCUUGGAGUCGUAGUGGACAACCAUUA